AUGGAUAUCAGCGGAUUAGUCGUUACAAGUGUUGCUAUUUGUUUUGAAAUCACGUCAACUUUGUACAAGUACGGAAAGGAAGUCAAAGGAGCAAGGCGAGAUAUCCAAAAUCUAAGCAAUGAGCUUUUUGCCCUCGUCGGCGCUCUAGAGCACUACAAAUCACGACUAGAGCGUCAAGCUACAGAUGCAGCAGAGCGCUCUGCGCCUCCUGCAUACUCCGCGACCCAGUCCACUGAUCGGAACUCGGAAGAUGUUGCUGCAAUUAAAGACUCGAGCUCAGGGAGUGUCGCCUCGGUACUGGAACAGACAAUUGACUUCCUGCGUGAACUGCAGCGGAGCCUAGCUGUGCCAACUACCCGCUUCAAAAGAGUGACACAAGUCAUGGCUUGGCCAUUAAAGGAAGGUCAGGUUCAGACGCAUUUGAAUCGUUUAGAACGGGUGAAAACGUUCUUCAUCUUGUCUUUGGUUACAGAUGAGGUUGAUCAAUCAAGGGAGAUGGCUAAUGAAAUUAUGUCUUUGCGCACCAUGCUGCACGAUGUGACUCUCAAACAACAGGCGCGGGAAGCGUCCAAGGAGUACCAAGCAAUGGUCAAGUGGCUUUGUCCCGUCGAUCCCCGUGUGACUCGAAGAGCGGUUGAGAAACAGCGAAUGGCUGGCACGGGCACAUGGUUCACGAAAAGUGAACCAUUUCAAAGUCAGACAGCCCUCAACGAGAGCUCUUGCUUCUGGCUGAAUGGCAUAACGAUCGGCGAAAUAGAAAACCGAAUUCAGAUGCACCAGCAACUUGCAUACUUCUACUGCUCUUUCAGCAAUGACGAAUCUCUCCAUACAGAGCAUAUACUAGGUUCAAUCUUGGCGCAGUUGUGUGAUGAACACGACCAGGCUUACUAUGCAUUGAGGCAGAAAUUCGCAUCGUUGGCGAAGGAAGCUACGUCCAAAGCAAUACCAAAAUUAGAUAUCGAUACUUUAGUGACUUUACUCAUACAACAUGUUAAGAGUCGUGGACGUGUAUACCUCGUCAUAGACGGUAUCAAUGAAUGCAUUGAUCCACAUGAGGUCCUCUACUGCCUAGAGAAGAUCCUGACGGCAGGCGCUGUGGUACAGCUUGUGGUUUCGAGUAUCAAUGAAAGAAGUGUCGACAAGUGCAUUGAUCAAAUGCCAAGUUGCUUCAAUUACACCAUAUCGCCGAGCACUAUAAGCAACGAUGUCGAAUUGCUUGUCAAACAUGCAGUGGAAGCUAAUUCAAGAUUGAAGGAGCUGCCACAAAGCGUGAAAUUAGACGUAAUAAGUAAAUUGACAGAUGGAGCCAAGGGAAUGUUUCGCUGGGUGCAAUGUCAACUCGACAUACUGUCCAGACUUCGAACGCCCGGUGCUGUUCAGAAAGCAUUGGCAGCCCUCCCACCAACAUUGGACAAAACAUACGAGACACUGCUCGAGCGAGUUGAUGGCGAAGAAGACAAAGCCUUGACAAGACAGAUUCUGGAAGUGGUAGCGUUCAGCUUACGGCCUCUGAGAUUGAGAGAAGUUUGUAUGAUGCUUCAAAUCACUCCCGGCUUGACUAGAUUGGACGAAAGCAAGUGCUUAACUCACCCAAAAGACAUCUUGGAUAUUUGUGGCAGCUUAUUGAAAUAUAAUGAAAAAAAUGACGUGGUCUCACUAGCACACCACUCGGUGUACGUAUACCUGACGUCGAGUCCUCGGAACAACGCCUCAUUUUACAAGCUGAAUGAGCAAGAAGCGCAUCGUAAUCUCACCUUGAUUUGCGUAACUUACCUUUCAUUUGACGAAUUCGCUGGAGAGCGAGAGAAUAAAUCGGGCGACGACGAGGUCCUCUAUGAGAAAUACCCGCUUCUUAUGUAUGCCACAGACUACUGGGCACCACACAUGAAAAGAGUCCGAGAUACUCCGGAGCCAUUGUGGGGCACUCUUCGCCGCUUUCUUUUGAGUGGAGAAGACGGCCGGCAAAAUUUUGUCAACUGGGUACAAUUAUUGAUUCCAGAAUCCUCAAAUGCCAAGACUACGCCCCCACUGUACUAUGCUUCGUCAUAUGGCCUUACUGCCGUCGUGAAGUUUCUUCUAAAGCUCGGGGCGGAUACGGAAGUUCACGCAGGACGAGGAGGAGCGACUCCUAUCAACAUCGCGGCAUACCGUGGGCGGCUAGAUGUCGUAAAACUGCUUCUCGAGCAUAAUGCAGACCCACGCAAGAGAGACAAAUUGUGCGAUCUUGAUGCUGUCCAGUGGGCCAAUUAUCAAGGCUGUAGGGACGUGGCUGACUACUUUCGACAACAAGGGUACGGCUUUAAAGAGGUCAAGUAUUAG